CCGCGAACGGACAAAUUGAUUCUUGCACCUGUCAGUCACCAUGACACCUUCCUUCAUCCUGAUUUCGUCCACCUUCCAAGGGGCUAAUUCCCUCCACCUCCCGAAAGAUUAUAUCAAGUACAACCUCAUGGAAUGUUGCAAACAAGCUCUACGGGCCGUACCCCUCCCAAACCCCAUCAGCCUAUGCUGCAGUCAGCGCCGGGAGAUUUGCAACGCCCCGAGCGGCUUUGGCUUUGUGCUGAGUCUACGUGAGCUUGCAAGCUGUCACACCCUGCCAACGCAGUGCUGUCGGCGGCCCUACCAGGGAGAUGAUGGGAUAUUCACGCUGCAGGACUACCGCGAGGCUCAGGAUUGAUAAAGGACACUGUGCGGCUACUCCAACUCCCUAGAGCUGGACAGGCUGCUGGCGGUGAAUAUGGUGUGCCAAGACGAUACCAUGUGGGGCCGCCUGUCGCUUUCCUACCAAAUAGUUGGCGCCGAGGGCCCUGCGGCAGAACUUCAGAAGUAUCUAGUCAAGAUGUUAAAAUUGAGUGCACAGAAAGUUCUCUGAUUGCGCAAUCAGGAAUUGU